CUCUGAGAGAGGAUCUGCUGCAGCUGCAAACUCUCAGAGUGUUUGUUCACCUGAGGCUCCAUGCACAGCGGCACCAUGAAUCUCUGAGAGCGCAGCAGGAAGACAAAAGAGUGAAAAUAUUUCGUUUGUUUGACGUCCUCACAGAGAGGACUCACUGUGUGCAGAGAGCACGGUGGUCCUGCAGCGCCUCUUGUUCCUGCACCUCGGCUCUGUGUGCUGUCUGUCCCACCGUCUUUUCAGACUCAUCACCAGGUAGAAUAUAUGUUUCAGUAUUGAGGGAUGGAGGGAUGGAGGGAGACAUCUGAUUGGUUCCUGGCCCCUCCCAGCAGCAGCAGCAGCAGCAGCGCGCAGGUGUCAGAGCCCCUCAGUCAGUCCCGGAGUCAGACCCGGUACAGCAGAGUCCAGGAGACACCGGAGAGUUACCGGCGGCCAGCUGAGGACCAGGUCUACGUUUGUUUUUCGUGCCCCUGUUUGGAUGAGGUCUCGGAGGGACCUGCAGGAUGCUGAGCGCCGUUAAGAUGGAGGGACACGAACACGCGGACUGGAGCGGGACAGGAUACUACGGAGAGACCGAGUGUUUCCCCUCCGUGAACAUGAGCAGCUACAUGAACGCGCCCGGCCUGACCAGCACUGGACACAUGAACGCGCACUACAUGAACCCAGCCGGGGUCAGCCACUCCUCCAUACCCCCCGGGGUCUCACAGAACCCUGGUACCGGAUCAGGAAUGGCCGGCCUGGUGAGCCCCCUCAGCCCGCCGCCGUACGGGAGCGUGCCGGUCCUGAACCCGGUCUACGGACCCAGAGAGUCCAAACCCCCGUACCGGAGGAGCUACACGCAUGCCAAGCCUCCGUACUCCUACAUCUCCCUGAUCACCAUGGCGAUCCAGCAGUCCGGGACCAAGAUGCUGACCCUGAACGAGGUCUACCAGUGGAUCAUGGACCUGUUCCCGUUCUACAGGCAGAACCAGCAGAGGUGGCAGAACUCGAUCCGGCACUCUCUGUCUUUCAACGACUGCUUCAUCAAGGUGCCCCGUUUACCGGACAAACCGGGGAAGGGGUCCUUCUGGGCCCUCCAUCCGGACUCCGGGAACAUGUUCGAGAACGGGUGCUACCUCCGGAGACAGAAGCGCUUCAAGACCGGGUCCAGGACCGGGACGAGGACCGGGGCAGGCGGGCAGGAGUCUGCGGGGAAGCCGGGCUCAGAGGGGGGGUCUGUGACCUCCAGCAGCACCGGGUCCGAGUCUCCUCCUCACUCCUCUUCCUCCUCUUCCUCCUCUCCUCCGUCCUCUGAGGUGAAACCUGCAGACCUCAAACUGUGCCCCCCAAGCCCUGCGCGCGUGCCCUCCCCUCAGCACCUGUUCCCCCAUCAUCACCCUCUGCUGCUGCACGAGCCUGCACACCUGAAACCGGACCACUACCACCCCCAUGCACACCCCCAUCCUCACCCACACCCCCAUCCACACCCUCACCCCCACCACCAGUACUCCUUCAGCCACCCGUUCUCCAUCAACAACCUCAUGUCUGAUCCGGGUCAGUAUGGGGGGUACGGCUGUCCGGUGUCCGGGGCCCUGGUGACCAGGACCGGCCUGGAUCCGGGUCACAGCGACGCCAGCUACUACCGGGGGGUCUACGGCAGGACCAUCAUGAACUCCUCCUGAAAGGACUCUCGACUUUUUACAGUGUAGAGAUUUUUAAAGUGUUUCCUAGCAGCAGAAAUGUUCUCCACUAAUCACCUGUCCUCCUGAGAGACACAUAAAAACCUUUUUACACAAAGUC